AGGAGGUGGAGAGGAGGAGGAGGAGGAGAAGAGGAGGAGAACCUGUCCACGAACUCCUCACAACUUUCACUCCGCUCCAGCACGCGCCAAGAGCUGCUGCACACACACACACACACACACACACACACAGCGUUCGCGUCAUGUCUGGAUCGUACUGUAAAAGUUUGUACCGGUUCAGUGGAGACCAGCACCAGCAGGGACUGAGCUUCGAGACCGGGGACGUGAUCAAGGUGGUCCAAGCUCUGCCCGGAGGCUGGUGGGAGGGAGAGAGGGACGAUGGAGCCCGGGGCUGGUUCCCCUCCAGUUAUGUCCAAGUGCUGGAGAGGACGGCAUCGCUGAGUCACCUCCCCGUGGAGGACCUUAGAGACCCCCUACCGCCUCAAUGGAGGUGCUACAUGUCACCACAGGGGCGGCGAUACUACGUGAACACCACAAAUAACGAGACGACAUGGGAGAGACCGUCCAGCGUUCCCGGAACCCCCAAAACCUCCAUCCGACACAAGAACUCACUGCCAGCAGUGAAUGGAUUUCACUCGGGUGGAAGUCCCUUACAUCAUCUGGAUCAUUCACACAACAGCCUGGUUAGAAAAAGCAGUACAGAGCCACAGAGCCCGACAUCGUCGUCGCCCACCAGGAAACAGAGCAAAGAGACGACAGUCACGAUCAACUGCGUGACGUUCCCGUCGCCCGUGUCUCUGCACGAGCAGCAGCUACUGAAACCAGACGAGUGGAGCUACUGCGACUUCUUCUGGGCCGAUAAGAAGGAUCUCCAGGGCAACGCUUGCAUCACAGGGUUCGAGGUUCUGCUGCAGAAACAGCUGAAGGGGAAACAGAUGCAGAAAGAGAUGGCCGAGUUCAUUCGAGAGAGGAUAAAGAUAGAAGAGGAGUACGCCAAGAACCUCUCGAAGCUCUCCCAGAUCCCGCUCGCAGGACAAGAAGAAGG